CAUCUCUAUGGUUCAGGGCACGGGGGGGGGGCGUUAUAAGGAACCGUUGAGGCAGUCGGUUUCAGAAAGCAGCAGGGACGCCUGUUUAUUCGCUUCAGCCAACUUCACACCGCAGGCAGGGAUGGCGCGGACAACGAGGGAGAAACUCCACGGCCCCAAUGAAUAGCUCUGUUAGGGCUCCAACCCCCACAAAGCAAUGGCGGCUCCACUCGGCACACAGACGCGGCCGACUCCUGGACCGUUAAUGCAACGUGCUACCCUCCCCUCGACCACUCUACAUCUUCUUCUCUAUCAUCCUUGGAGCAAGCGCUAAUUGGUUACCGCGCCGCGAAGCAGCCCUCCGCCAAUAGGUUAGGCAGGAAAGACGUCGCCUUGCUAUUGGCUAGCGGAGACGGUAGGCGGAGCACCGCACGACAUAUAUAAGCAACCUUCGUAGGCCGCUCCCUUCCUUUUAGUAGUGGCCGUCAAGCGCGUCGGAAGGUAAGCGGAGGUUUUGUUUCACGGAGACCCGAGGCGCGGUGUCGGGGAAUAAGAAGCGCCCCGGUGGCCGAGAAGGACGUUUUAAGUGACUCCAAAUAAAUUGUUCUCGGCAACCAGCUGCUAGAAGUGCCUUAGCGGUUGCGAAUCCACUUUAAAUCAGGGAGUUGGAGCCUUUAUUCGCGCGGCCCCCGCCUCACUCGCUCAAUGCGCAUGUGCGGGUUAUAGAACUAGGGCAGCCCCGCGUGCGCAGAUCACACGUGUCGCGUGGUUGCUUCCGCGGUGCUGCUCGGCCUAUUCAGGGGAUUCGUGGAUGGUGGGGAUUAAACACGCUCCCUCGAACCGCCGGUCUCACGUGAUUUGAAUUAUUUUUUAAAGGGGAAUUAGCCUUCCCUGUCCUGUGAAUUUUACAAGUGUCACGUUGGCCAGAAAGAUUCCUACUAGAUGAUCCUCUUAGUCCCUUCCAACUCUGCAAUUCUAUGACUUGGUGUCACCCCACGUGUUGCUGAAAAAAUAGCAGCUAUUUCUAGGUGCUCCCUUUUUUCUAUAAUUUUGGUGGAAUCGUUUUCAAAACUUUGGUGAGUGUGAGUUGAUUCAGUGUUAAAUGUUUCCUUCCCAGAGGCUGGGUGGCUGCUUAUGCUAAAUUAUCCUUGAUAUGAGAAGUAAGGAAUGUGCCUUUCUUUGAGAUUCUUUUACUGAUGGCCCAUAACAUCUUUGAGCAUUCACAAAUUUUCAUACCUCCCUGCUUAGUUGGGAGCAUUUGGGCUUAACCAUUGUUAUAUGGAAUCACACUCUUUUUUCCUGCUCAAAUUAUAUCCAUAUUAAAAUACUGACUAUAUUAAAAUACUGAAGUAGCAGUAAAUUGUGCCACAUAUAUUACAGCUCUUGCUUAGCUUAGUUUGUGGGGAACAUGACUUUAAAAGGGGCCAAAGGGCCUUGCUGGUUUAUUUAAAUAGUUAAAAAGUUUACUUUAGUUGCUUGCUGUAAUUCAGUAUCUGCACUGAAAUUUGGUGCAGUGUUUAAUGCUGGCUGCAAGUAGCUGCUUUCUUUUGGAUAUUGCAAGUGGUCCAAAUUGGCAUAUUGCUUCAAGAAACUAUUCUUUCCCUUUCUAAUGGGUAAGCUUCCAUGAUUUAUAUCACCUUCAGGGCUUCAACACAACUUUACAUAGAACAAAUGUGGCCCUCUGGUGCCCAGUAGUGUCAGUUAAGGGUCAGUCUAGAUUCCAGAAAACAAAACUUGUAUUGAAUUUACCCUAAACUCAGUCUGAGUGGUGUAGUUCAUUGGGUAGUAUUGACCUUACAAGUAGGAAAGGCUGGCUUUAGACCUGAAAUUCCUGGCUGUCCUAGCCUACGUCAUAGGUUUGGAUGAAUGUAUAAAUGAAAUGAGAGACUGUAAUAAUAAAUUAUACAGAGAAGUAGCUGUGAAAUAUAUCAAAACUUCAUUUGCUUCACUUGUUUCAUCUGCCUGCCAUUUCUAUAGAUCUCUCAACAUUUUUCUCCACAGGACUGGACUCCCUUUAGGCCAACAUGCCAGUUGCCAGGAGUUGGGUAUGUCGGAAGACAUAUGUCACCCCAAGGCGGCCCUUUGAGAAGUCCCGGCUUGACCAGGAACUGAAACUGAUUGGUUAGUUUAUCCUGGAUGGAAAAAAGAGAGUUGUUCAAUGAAACAUUUAUGCUCCAAAGGCAGGUGCAUGUUACAUUUGAACUUUUAUAUCCCCUCCUAGGUGAAUAUGGGCUGCGUAACAAGCGUGAAGUGUGGCGGGUGAAGUUCACCUUGGCCAAGAUCCGCAAAGCUGCCCGAGAGCUGCUCACUCUGGAUGAGAAGGAUCAGAGGCGUCUCUUUGAGGGUAUGUUAGGGCUGGACAUGCCAGUCUUCGGCAUCUUUAAUGGUUCUUUUGCUGUUGUGGAUCCCUUUAAAGGUUACUAGCAGAUUAAGGGAUCUCGAAUGUGAGUUCACUUCCUUUAUGAAUCCUACCAGUUUUUGGAUCUGGUCCAAUUAAAUUUAAAACCAGAGAUUAUCAAUUUACUGUUAUGGACAGUUGUAAUAUUUUCAUCUUUCCAUAAUGGUUAGUUGAUGGUCUCUGGUUUUAGAUUUCAAUGUGUUAUAUAUAGAUAUUAUUGUAAAUACUACUUUAUGAUACAGGUCCCGGUCUCUCUCUCUCUCUCUCUCUCUCUCUGUGUGGAUAUACACACACACACACACACACACACACACACACACAAUGCCUUUCAGAUGUAGAAUCAUAGAAUCAUAGAGUUGGAAGAGACCACAAGGGCCAUCGAGUCCAACCCCCUGCCAAGCAGGAAACACCAUCAGAGCACUCCUGACAUAUGGUUGUCAAGCCUCUGCUUAAAGACCUCCAAAGAAGGAGACUCCACCACACUCCUUGGCAGCAAAUUCCACUGUCGAACAGCUCUUACUGUCAGGAAGUUCUUCCUAAUGUUUAGGUGGAAUCUUCUUUCUUGUAGUUUGGAUCCAUUGCUCCGUGUCCGCUUCUCUGGAGCAGCAGAAAACAACCUUUCUCCCUCCUCUAUGUGACAUCCUUUUAUAUAUUUGAACAUGGCUAUCAUAUCACCCCUUAACCUCCUCUUCUCCAGGCUAAACAUGCCCAGCUCCCUUAGCCGUUCCUCAUAAGGCAUCGUUUCCAGGCCUUUGACCAUUUUGGUUGCCCUCCUCUGGACACGUUCCAGUUUGUCAGUGUCCUUCUUGAACUGUGGUGCCCAGAACUGGACACAGUACUCCAGGUGAGGUCUGACCAGAGCAGAAUACAGUGGCACUAUUACUUCCCUUGAUCUAGAUGCUAUACUCCUAUUGAUGAGGCCCAGAAUUGCAUUGGCUUUUUUAGCUGCCGCGUCACACUGUUGGCUCAGUGAGCACUCAGGGCUGAUUUCCUUAAGAAUGGAUACAUUUGAUCUUCUUGCAGUCCAUGGGACUCUCAAGAGUCUCUUCCAGCACCAUAAUUCAAAAGCAUCAAUUCUUUGGCGAUCAGCCUUCUUUAUGGUCCAUACAUCACUACUGGGAAAACCAUAGCUUUUACUAUACGUACCUUAAGGGAAUAGACCAGAUCUAUUAGAUUAAUAUCAGUUACCUAUGUUGAAUUGUUUUUCCUGGUGUAAUUAUAUUUAUAUAUUGUCUUGAGAAUCUUUUAAAUCAGUCCCAUAUUUCAGAUCAGAGACUUAAGGCUGAGAGUGACUGUCUUCUCAAAGACUGCCCACCAUUUGGGGCUGAGCUAGGAUUUGAACUGUGAUUUCAAGGUCAAUGUAAUAUACUAUAGUGCUGCUUAGUAGUAUGUAACUAAACAUGUCAACCUGUGUUAGAAACUGAGAUAUGAAAGCUAGGAGCUAAAUGGCACCUUAAACCUAUGUUAUGGGUGUUGCAACAGAGUUUCUAGGUUCACUUUUUUAUAACAAGAAUACAAAGCUGAAAAUGAAUGAACUGCAGGUAAAGUUUUAAGUUGAGUUUUCACAUGGUUUGGUCCUUAUCUGAAGACUGCAAAAAACAAAUCCAUACUUCCCCUGCCUGCCCCUGUAAUAUUCUUAUGAGGGUCCCUUCUCCAGUCUUCAGAGUGGCUGAAAGUGGGGAGGCCGAAAAGGGUCCUCCUUUCCUUCUAGCAGUGGCAAUUUUAAUAUGAAAUCUUAGGUGCAGUACUGCACCCAGAGCUCAGAAACUGCUCACACUAACGAAAUUCCCUGUCGCAAAAUGCGUCUAGAACAAAGGGAGUUUCAAAUGCUGGCGUCAACUUGGUGCCAUUUCUUCCUCUUCUCUCCCCCACCCGUCAUUAGCAUUUCAUAGAGAAUGCUUUUUACAUGAAUCUUGUGCCCAUGAUUUACAUGACUCUCUAAAUUGUGUUUGGGCCUCUUCAGCUUGUUUACAUGUCCAUAUCUUUUCCUAGGUAAUGCCCUGCUGCGUCGUCUGGUCAGAAUUGGGGUGCUGGAUGAGGGCAAGAUGAAGCUGGAUUACAUCCUGGGUCUGAAAAUUGAGGAUUUUCUGGAGAGGCGUCUCCAAACCCAGGUCUUCAAGCUGGGCCUGGCCAAGUCCAUUCACCAUGCCCGGGUGCUCAUCCGUCAAAGACACAUCCGGUAUGUUGCCUUGGUGAAGUGAAAUGGCAUUUCACUUAAGCAGAACAAAGGCAAAAGCAAUGACUGAGUUGCUGUGGGUUGUAAAGAUAGGGUCUACCUCUGAAGUAAUGCAUCUGAUGUCUCUUAUGUGUGGCCUGUGCAGGGAAAUGUGUGGACAUGUCCCAGCCGUGUGUCUUUUUACCCCACCAAUCCCUCCCCUGGACUGGAACCCUGGAUAACCUAAAAGCCCUGCAAUCUGCCUAAUGAGGCUGUAUGCCAAAAGCACCAGCAAUUUCGGCAAGGUUCACUGCGGCUCAGCCGUACACCUUGUGAAGGUCUUGGCGUGUGGGCAGUAGAGGUAACAACUAGCAACUCUGCCCCUUCUUGGCACAGUGUUGAUGUUAUCCCUCUUGUUAGCGAAUUGUCUGCUGUUACACCCAGUUUUCAGUAUAACCAGGCAUUCAUCUUGCCAUUGUAUACUGAGGGCAACAGCAGUAAAUGUCAAGCUUGAGUCAGUUUCUCCCAAGCAUUUCCUGUUGUUGGUUAGUUCUGAACCUUUGUUCUGUGACCAGGUUUGCGAGUAAAAAGUUGUGAGGGCAUAGUUGCUUUGAGUUGUAUUGUUCAACACUUAUUAAUGUGUAAGAAAAGCCUAUUGAAUGGUGGGACUUAGUUUCGAGUAUCAUGUUUAGGAAUUCAUUGCAGUGUUAAUUAAGGAAGGGGCUGAGGUUAACCCUGGCUUUGAUAAUAGGAGCAGGAUGUUCCCUGAGUGCUGGAAUUGGGGGGUGAUCACUUGAUUCCUCACUUGGCUCUCUUCCGUCAAUCACUUUAGCUCUCUAGUUCUGUGAAAAACCGUUCUUAAGAGGAAUGCUGCCGGGUUUAGCUGGAACAUCUGUAACUGCUUCCUUUCUCCCUCUUCAGUGUAAGGAAGCAAGUAGUGAACAUCCCUUCCUUCAUCGUCCGCCUGGACUCCCAAAAGCAUAUUGACUUCUCCCUCCGCUCACCAUAUGGUGGUGGCCGCCCAGGUCGCGUCAAGAGGAAGAAUGCCAAGAAGGGCCAGGGUGGUGCUGGAGGCGGUGAUGAUGAGGAAGAAGAUUAAGCUGUGGGGUGCCCCCCCUCCACACAUGCUGGUGGGGGAUCAAGCCGGCCUUAACUGUAACAUUAUACAAUAAAAAAUAUUUGUGGAUAAAAUAUUGUAGCCC